AACUGUGGAGGGGGAGAGGGUUGUAUGGACGGAUCACAUUAGUAUUCCGGUCCUAUCAAUGUGCUGGGCCGCGAAGAACGUCAGCGGACCGAUUCCCUGCGUCCGCCAGUCCCGCCACAGAUUCAUUUGGGAUCCUCAAACAGAGGAACCCAUAGAGACAAGGGAUCAAGACAGGAGAUUAGAGCCAAUUGCCUGCUUCGGGGACCGCCAGCCCUUCCAGGCCUGGCAACGGGGAAGGGAGGGGAAAGACGAGCCCAGCUCCUCUGCGGGAAGACACUGAAGCAAGAGCUACACUCGCCCCCCUCCCCUCGCCCCCCACCUUGCAGCACUAGCUUUGAAAGCUGCUCCCCCAUCUGAAUGGAAACUCGGAACCGUGGGGAGGCGCGUUCCUUCUCGUCCAGCCUUGCAAUCUAUGCCGAGGGGAAGGUGGUGCGAGCCAGCGCCAGUGCCCAGCUCCCGGGACAGGAACGGCAAUGCUGCUGAGCAGAACUUGACUGAGCCUCUUCCUCGCUGCUAGUUGAAGCGAUGCUGCACGGCACAGCCAGCGCUUCCCCGGCUCUCCUUCAAGCUGAAGGUUACCCACCCGCGCAGCCAGCCCCAACCCUGUGAGUGCCGCGCCUCUGGUUCUCGCUCCGGCUGCUCGGCGGCAGCGAGCAGGGCAACGACUGGGCCGCCCGAGCCGGGGCGCACUGCACCAGUGGCUUCGGCUUGGUGGAUGUGUAUGCAUGAGUUCUGCACCGAAUGGGCGCAAAAAGCGCCCCAGCCGGUCCACCCGCUCCUCGAUCUUUCAGCUCAGCAAGCCCCAGCUGCAGAGCGGGGAGUGGGAACGCAGGGGCAGUGGCUCCGAUUGCACCCACAAAACACAGCGAACCCUGGACGACUGCAAGAUGCUUGUCCAAGAGUUCAACACGCAAGUGGCCCUGUUCCGAGAGUUGGUCAUUUCUAUUGGGGACGUCUCGGUCAGCUGCCCCUCACUCCGGACGGAAAUGCACAAGACAAGAACCAGAGGCUGUGAAAUGGCCCGUCAGGCGCACCAAAAACUUGCAGCCAUCUCAGGCCCGGAAGAUGGUGAGAUCCAUCCAGAAAUCUGUCGGCUUUAUAUCCAGCUGCAGUGCUGCUUAGAAAUGUACACAACAGAGAUGCUAAAAUCCAUAUGCCUGCUGGGGUCUCUUCAGUUUCACCGGAAAGGAAAGGAGCCUGGUGGGGGAACCAAGACUUUGGAUUGCAAAAUUGAGGAAAGUGCUGAAACACCCGCUGUAGAGGACUCCUCAUCUUCCCCCAUAGAUACUCAGCAACAUUCCUGGCAGGUUUCCACAGACAUUGAGAAUACUGAAAGAGACAUGCGAGAAAUGAAAAACCUUUUAAGCAAACUCAGGGAAACUAUGCCUUUACCAUUGAAAAAUCAAGAUGAUAGCAGCCUUCUAAAUCUAACUUCCUACCCCCUGGUGAGAAGACGGAAGAGAAGGUUCUUUGGGCUAUGUUGUCUCGUCUCCAGCUAGAAGAUUCCUCCUGGAAACCCACCCCAGGGGAGACCAGAAAAAAAGUCACAGAAGCUGAGGACCUCCAGACAGCUGAAACACAGUUAUUGGUUUUUGACUAUGUUUUCUAUGCUUCAUUAUUACUUUUACCUGUCACUCUCUGUCCUUGUAAAUGAUUUUACAUUUGAAAGGAGUUGCUGUCAAGUGGAAAAAAAAAACAAAUUCAAAAAGCAGGCUGUUUUUAAAAGGAUUUUUAAAGCCAACAUUGUGCAUGUCUGCUCCAAACCAUACCAUGAUAGAUGCAAGAAUUAUGAUUUUUAAAUUACUUAAAGGUUUUUAAAAAUGUAUUAUACAGAGAAAAAUUAUUUCAUGUAUAAUAGUAUAUCUAUAGCUCUCACUGAUCUUUUGUUAACAAUUUAUCAUAUAUGGAAGAAGUCUUUCAACAUAGAAAUCUGUUUCAAACUGCAAAAUUGUGUUAAAAAUCCAAUCUAUCAAUAUCAUUAGAAAUAAUAUUAUAAGCAAACAUACCACCUCACCUAUUGCUUUCUUUGCUUUCAUUUACAUUUAGUCUUCCAUUCUGUCAGAAUCUAAGAGCUUCAACUGAAAAAUAUCUUAAUUUAUAAUGCAAGAAAAACCAUAUAUGAAAAGUAUUUAAAUUUUGUAAAUACACAAUAAUCCUAAUACCUUCGUUCAAUGCAUAUGGGCAACUAAUUUCCUUUUGAUCCAAUGGUGUCUUUUUCAGCUUCUUGGAGAAUGAAGUAAUCCAGUUAGGAAAUGGUGUAGUAACUUAUACAACUGCCCUCAAAUGUAAAAUUUGAAUAUUAUCACAUUUUGUUCUAAUUGAAAUCUGAAGCAUGAAGUCUGCACAUCAGCAUAGUGUUAACUCUUUUAGGGCAUGCUGGAAUUAGCUCAGAUCGUACAAAUAUUUAACAUUUUACAUUGUUAAUAAAAUCUUUUUAGUUCAGCUAAGCUUGUCUCAUUUUAGGUGACUAUACAGAUGUGACUUUUCCAAUGUGUACUUCGUGUCUUACCUUACGAGUUAGAUUCUUGAAAGCAGGACACAUGAAGCAAUACUAUUAUAUUAGAAAGGAGGAAGCCAGGCACCAUGUUUUUCUGCUCACAGCUUUGUUGUGACCUUCCUCCACUAAACUAGUAACAUGGUACAAAUUUUGUUAGAUUUCCCCCGGUUCUUCCUUUGGCCCAUUUCCCAGACAGAAUUUGCCAUGGGUUGACAGAUCAGGCCUUUGGACUUCUUUUCUUUUUUUGUAGUCUGAAAAAUCCUGAAGUCAGACAAGAGGCACCAGUGUCUAGUGUAAUAAAAGGGUGAGCUAGAUGCCUACAAGUUAUUUAUUCAAAAAUCAUCUUUAAUCCCAACCCUAUAAUUUCUUCCUACUUAUGUACAUGGGCUUUUACAUGUCCACCAACAUUUUGACCUGAAAAUGAAGUAUAUUAAAGCUUUUAGCUUUAGUGAAGAUAAAGACAGGUGCAGACAAGUUACUGGAAUAAUUAUUAUAUUAGGUUGAAUUAUCUGAAAUUGCUGGUAUUUGACUGUUUUGACCUAAGAAAUAGCAAUUUCAUAUAGUUCGACCUAAUAUUUCAUGUUGUGGAAAUUGUCCUUGGAAUUGUCUUCUAGCUGCUUUUGAUUGAAAGUGAAGUGAAAGGGUUAAAGAAUUGGAAGAGAUCUCAAAAGGCUAUGCAGGUCUCUAUUUAGAUCCUACCAGCCUGUUUUCAGCCUCAUUCUUAGAGCCCAGAGUUGUGUUCCAAUGAAGGGUAAUUGAUGCCUGAUUAUAGGUAUGCCUGACUUAAUAGGAAGUACCCUUGAAAAUUACAUGAUUAAAUCAUCAUAUUCUAAAUCAAAUACUUGCAGAAACAGUUGUGGGAAUAUGCUAUUUAAAAGCUUCCUCAGGUGAAAGUCCCCGCAGAGCAGGCAACUGUUCCCAGAUUUACCUGGUCUGUAAACCCUCAUUUUCAUAGAUCAAGUUUGGUUAAAGCUUAAUAUCUUUUCCUGACUGUGGUUUAUUUUUAUUCCCUGAGAUAAAUUAACUUCAGGUCCACUGUUUUAGAGAUUAUGAAGUAGCCCAAUUUGGCACAUUCUUACUCCCAUCUCUUCCUCUCUCCCAACUUUCUACUAUAUAAAACCCUUAGCUUCAUUCUGGUUCCUACUAAUUCAUACAAAGUUAUUAGCUGGUAAGUCCAACCUUGGUGUUCAGCACGUUCUUCUAAAUGCUUGGCCUCAAUCACUUCUGCUCAGUUAAUUUGUGUUCACUCUAGCCUUAGUCUCAGCGUAAAAGUAACACUUAGCUUCUGUGCAACUGUCCUUUGUACAACUGAAGACUGUUAAUAAAUUCAGGUCUCACCUCCGUGUUUGGGAGGAUCACAGUAGCAUUUCAUGGAGAUGGGAAUUUGUCUAAUUCCCUAGUUAGGCUUUCUGUACGCAAGGUAAACAAAUUCAGCCACUUUAUCUUUUAUUCAUAGUGCCUGUUUCCCAGCCUUUGAUCAGUUUUGUAGUUCCCUUAGACACACUCCAAGAUUUAUAGAUCUUUUUUCAGUAGCAGGUCCUAAAAUUAAAUUUAGUGCUCAAAGACCUGAUAACCUACACUGGCGCAUGGUUGCAACAGGUAAUUCACCUGCUGGAUAUGCCAGUGCAUCUCUUAGGAAUUGAUCGCACUCUCCUCUCCCUACCAAAGGACUUUCUCAGGUGUAGUUCCAUGAGAUAGAGUUCUACUGUCUCAGCUUCCUGCUGGUAACGUGCUAUAAGAUUAGCAAUAACACUGAGUUGAUCUCUAGGGAUAAGGAGAGAGCAUUGAACCCAGUUUGUUGCAUGUACUCACAUACUUGAAAAACAAAAGGAUGUGAACAUUUUCUGACACACAAUCGUCCAUUUUACCACCAUAGUUUCAAUGCCCCAUGUUGACUUUUUUUUUUUAAGAUUACAGAGACAACUCAUGUUCUUUGUAGGAGAUCUGGAAAAUACCACUAAGUAUAAAGAAAAAAAAUCACCUGAGUACCACCACAAUCACAUUGUUUAAAACUACAUUUCCAGGCUUUGUAUCAGUCAGUGGUGGGGUCCAAAGGCGCUUUUGGAUAAGGUUUGGACAGAAAUGCCCAUAAGGCCAAGGUGUCACUCUAAAGUAUGUUUUGCACAUAUCUAGGAACAGAUUCACUGCACACUUCUGGCUGUGCCCUUGUUCUAGAGUACAGAGAAGACGUUAGAAGGAGCACAGCCCAGGCACCUCCUCUAAUGAAGGCUCUGGGGAAACUGAAAUCCUGCCAGGUCAUUCUGUCCCUCUGUGCUCUUGCAGCACUAGGAUGCUUAACUGUUUAGCAAUACUGCCACCUACUGAAAGCUGAGCUUUACAGUGAGAGGAGAAAACAAAUACCAAGUAUAAAAGGAUCUAUUUGGUUUUGGGGAGCAAAUAAAUGGGCCAGAUUAACAACGGUCCCAUAGGAAUUUCAGGCUCUGGAAAUCUCAGAGGUGAAAGGAUUAGGGAUAUCAUCCAUACUAACUUCCCACCCCACACAGAUACCUAAGAAAUGUCUAUCAUUUCUUUGCAUACUAGGAUGUCAGCAAAUGCUCAACUUUCAGGUAACUAUAGAUAGAAUGAAAAAGAGCAGUAAUGCUAUUGGUUCAAAAUAAAUCAUUAGAAUUAAAUAUAAAGUCCAGAAAUAAACCAAAGGACAUAAAAGAAUUGAGUACCCUAUAAAAAUGACAUUUCAAAUCCCUGAGGAAAUGUUGGAUUAUUAAGUAAAUUAUAUUGUGACAACUGGUUAGCCAUUUCUUGGGAGAAAUAUUAUAUCUGUGCCUCAUAACUUUUAUCAAAAUAAAUUGUAGGUGCAGUAAAGAUUUGAAUGUUAAAACACAUAAAUAAACAUAGAAGAGGACAAGCAGAUAGUACUAAUGAAUAUUUAUGUAAUUUUUGGGUGGACAAAAAAGCCUUUCUAAGCAGGACACUAAAGAAAGAAACCACAAAGGAAAAGAUGGAUGGAAUUGACAAAUUAAAAAUGCAAAACUCCUAUAUGAUACAAAAGAUUCAAAAAAAACAAAAUUUGAACUUUAUGCAGCGAAAAGUGUGGACCUCUAAUACAUGUCAACAGCUUAAACUCCACUGCGUUGGGAGGUUCCCAUGAUCUCCAACCCCCUGACUAGCCAAAUGUUCCCAUUUCAUCCUCUUCAUACUGCACUUUUGUCAACAUUGCUUAUUGAAUUGCCUUUACCCACUAAACUGGAAGCUCAAGGAGGCAGCAGCCAUGUCUACUUUGCUUACUGCUGUAUCUUCAACACCCAACACAGUGCUAAACACAAAGCAAACCCUAAAAAUAUAUUUAUCAAAUGAAUGAAUGGAUUUGUGAAAACAUGACAUUUAUUACUCAAAAAAAUCAAACUUUCCAGCAGAAAAUUGAGACAAGGAUACAAACUGGCAAUGUACCAUAAAUUUAAAUAAUGCAUUAAUAAUAAAUAUGAAACAAUUUG